CCUUCUGUCGGAUAAUUUGACGCCACCCUCUUCAUUCCGUUCUGUUGACUUGAGUUUUGUCAUCUGGUCGAGGAAGACGACGGACCGCCGUCUUGUGGCGUAAAAGGCGGCCGACACGCAGUUCCUGCCGCCAUGACGACCAUCGUGAUGGAGCGAAUCGGUCGCCUCUUCAUCAGCUUGCAGCACAUCAAGCAGGUCCUCCGUCUGCUGACCUCGGAGGCGUCUCCGUCCAUGCCCGCCACCGUGCGCGACACCGAAGUGCCCCACUUCUUCCGCGAACGCUACGUCCGAGCCGGAUACCGGCCGCUCCAUCAGCGCUGGAGCUACUACUUCCUGUCUGCCUUCCGCCGCCACAACGAGACUGUCAACAUCUGGACGCACUUGCUGGCGUUCUUGGUUCUGCUGGCCAAGAUGAGUCACGUGGCGGAGACGGUGGAUUUGAUACGGGACCGGCACGCGUGGCCGCUACUCCUCCUCAUGCUGUCGGCGCUCAACUACACGGCGUGGAGCGUGGUGGCUCACCUCCUGGGCAGCAAGUCGGAGAUGACCCACUACACUUUGUUCUUCAUGGACUACGUGGGCGUGGCGCAGUACCAGUACAGCAGCGCGUUGGUGCACUACUACUACUCGGCCGAGGAAGGCUUCUUCCGGCGCGUCGGCGCUGUUUUCAUGCCCGUGGUGGCGUUGCUCAGCUGGCUUUCGUGUCUGGGCUGCUGCUACGGAAAGUACCGGAACCACACCUUACCGCCUUGGGUGCGCAAGGUAAGCCAGGUGACUCCAUCCACCGUGGCCUACUUGUGGGACAUUAGUCCCGUGGCCCACAGACUCCUAUUCGGUGACCCCGACCCGGCCGCGGUGUACCACCUGGGCCAUGUGGCCUUCUUCCUGGGCUGCGCCGUCUUCUUCGCCUUCCCCGUGCUGGAGCGCUGCUGGCCAGGAGGAUGCGACUUCCUGGGUCAGGGCCACCAGCUGUUCCACGUUCUGCUCUCCUGCUGCACCAUAUGUCAGAUCAACGCCUCGCUCCUGGACUACGGCGGGCGACGGCAGGUGUACGCGCGGCUCUACGACGGAGACGACGCGGCGCUCUUCGUCGCACUCUACGGGCUGACGCUGCUGAUGUGCGUGCUCAUCGCUGCCUUCAUGCUGAGGAAGGCCAAAGAACUAUUGGAUCGCCAGUCCAAGUGAACUAACUAAUCACAUGCACCGACAGGCUUCUACUUCAAAAUAUUAGGUGCACCUUACGCUAUCCAAAACGAGAGCUGUCAACACUGGUUACCAUUGACGGCGCUUGGCGUCCAAUCCAUGUUGACUGGUAGGGGGCGACAUAGAUUGGGCAUUUGACGUUAAGCACCGUCAACGUCGCCGAAAUAUGAACAUUCACAACUAGUCCUCACAGUUAAAGGAAAUUGGACAUCUAUUGUUAGCAAUGGAAGCCAAAUACUUAAUUUCGGGUUUCUUUUAUGUAAUUUUAGGGUACUUACAGGUCACUUCCUGUACAUUUUGAGGCAUUCCAGAUUCACUUGUAUAUUUUGGAUCAUUCUGUGUUGAUUUUCAGGUAACUGCCAAUUGAAUUCGGGUCACUUCUGGUUGGUUUGGGGCAUUUUUGGAUCAAUUCCUUGCUUACACAUUGACUUCCAUUGACGGUGCUAGGUGUUCAAGCUGUUUUGACUGGGAGAGGACGAAUGAACGAAUGUGACUGUGGACACAAACGUGAACCAAGUGCAGUAGUGUACGCAUUUCAUCACUGAAAUCAUAGUUUUUACAGCACCAGUCUCAAAAUUCUGUAAUGAGCGACAACGUGCCGGUCAGGGAAAACAACCCUGCGAGCCUAAUUGGGCCCCCUGCGUUAUGUUGAACACCACUGGUUCUUGUCGAAGAAAAACGAUUUUUCCUGGACUCUGGUUUACAGAGUACACCUUUCCAGACGAACUCCCAAGUUGCCUCACAAUUUGGUAUUAGAUGUAACUUGCACAAAUGCGUACUGAAAGAAAAUAUUCGUUUGACUGGAGUAGAAUUCAACCAAAAAAUGCACAAUGAAGUGGCACUGGAAUUGUUGCAUUUUUGGGAUGAAUCUCAAUUAGCAAAAACCAAGAAUAAACAAUACAGUAAUGACAAGAAAACUGAGAACAGGUUAGCGGUUAGCUAGGCUAGCAAGCGAACAUCUCCAUAAUAAUUUAUUCACAACUUGUUUACUCAAAUGUUUUAUAUCGGUCUAAAUCACUUUUAAACUCUGCUAAUUUUAGAAGUAGACGGCAUGUCUCAAAUGCCAUUCUUAUGCAAUAUUGUCAGUGUGAAAAAGCCCCAGAUGCUCCACCUGAGUAUAACUUGAACGCCUGAACUCUGAUUUAACACUUGUGUGCAUCUCUUGCAUUGGAUCUUAACAGGCGUAACAAAUGUUGUGUUAUGGUAUUUCAUAAACCUAAGUUCUCACAGGCAAAAUUAUUGCUAGAAAAUAACACACAAUCUACUUCACUAGAGCGACGGCUACAUUGUGAAUGAGCCGAUUACGUGUACUCGUACAAUAAUAAGCACUUGAAGGAGAUGAUUAGCACGGGUGUGUUAAUAUUUUAUGUGCGUGUCAUGCGUUGAGAUGAGGGAAGUUUUAAUAGCACAUAUUUUAAUAUUUGAAUACUUUUUUUUCAUUUUUAAAGAAGGGAUUUCACACGAGCCGUGUCUUAUUGAUGAAUGGACUGUUCAUGAAUGUUAAGUCUUGUUUUUAGCUGUAAAACAGUGGUGAAUGGACCCAAAAAGGUUGCGGCGAUACUGUACUGAUACAUUUUUUGUUGUUGUUUUUUUUUAAAAUAAAAAUUUAGUUUCACCCCCCCAUUUAACAUAAAAUUACUCCAUACUCAUUUGCCUGUUACCGUAAUUUUCGGACUAUGAGGCGCUACUUUUUUCCUUUUUUUAAAAUUUUUUUAUUUUUUAAAAUUUAUUUAUUUUAUUUCCCCUUCAGGCAUGACAAAUCCAAACAAACAUACAGCAUUUAUAUGUGUUUACAAUUAAUUCAACCCAAAAAGAAAAGGGCUAACGGGAGAAGCCGAAGCUUAUUGAAACCUGUCCCCAGUAUACCAUAAAGGACGCAGAAAAUAUCAAAUAUCAAUUUUUGUCAUUCAGAUUUCGUAAUGAUUACAAGUUUUUUUUUUUAUUAUAAUAACCAUCCUUCAUUUUCCCAAUGGUCCAUAGUCGAUCGAGGCAAUGUACUUGCCUGAUAACUUUCAUUUUCUGGUCUUGUGUUUUGACGAAAAUUCUGCAAUCUGAGGUCCAUGUACUCUCAAUCUUUCCCGCUUUCUUCAGUUGACGUGCCUUUCUUGCUAUUUCAGUGUUGCAGCGGGUUAGAUUCUCAUUGAAAAAGAUGUUGGAUCCUUUCAGGAGACGACCUUGUCUGAGAAGAGAUAUCUUAUUCUUUCGAUCAGUAAGCUUCAUGAGUAUUAUUGGCGGUUUAUUCCCUCGUGAAGCUAGCGGAAAGCAUUGUUGAAUGAAUUGCUGUUCCACUCUUAUCCCCAAUUCUUGUAUCAGUCACCUGCUUUUCCACCGUUGCGUAGUUUGGUUCAUGGUCACCCUGAACAACUUGCGAGUAUGCACGUGUUCUCAAUUUGAUGCCGGUGAUCCAGUUUGAUCCAGAUCCUCUGCCAAAGCUUCCAGUUUUUUGAUACGAUCAUCUCUCUCUUUCAUCGUCUUCUUCAGUUUCUCGUUUUCAGCCCGCAGCAAUUGGAAUUCCUUCAAGACGUCUUGAUUCUGCUUCAAGAGGUCCCGAUUUUGGACCAAGAAUUCAGCUAUAAUUUGCUCUAAUUUAUGCAUAGAAGAUUUUAAAUCUUCCAUGCCUUCAGUCUUGUUAGUCUUUUCUCCUCUUUUCGAUGCAUUAGGCAUGCUGGCGCCUGAGUUAUCAGAGACCGAUAACGGAGCUCAGGAAAAUGCGUCCUUCGCCUUCAAGUGUCUGUGGCUUCAUUUUGAACCCCGCGGUUUAUACUCCAGUGCGGCUUAUUUGCUGAUUUAUUUGGGUUAAUAGGUAACACUUUAUUUGACAGCGGCGUUAUAAGACUGUCAUAAUUAUAACACUAUUAUGGGCAUUACUGAAUGUUUAUGUCAUUAAGUGUCAUCUGGCAAAUUAUGUCACUAACCAAACCGGUAAGUCAUUGUUAUUUGAAAUAACAUCUGCCAAAGCAGUUCCUGGUGUGGGUCCGGGCCUGACCAUUUUCAGUCACGAGAAUGUUGUGUAACAGCCCAAACUAUUUUCCAUGAAACUCCUCCAGCUCUGUGUUUUUGACUUCACACCAUCUAGAAAAUACAGUGGAAAGCCUUCAAGGGUGGAGACAAGUUUUGUUGUUUUUCUUGAACUAUGAUAAUGUCCGAUUCCGGGCCCAAUUGGACAUGUUCCCCGUGUUUUUGCGUGCACUCGCAGCCAAUAACGAGGCGCUCUGAUCAUGUCAUUUUACGACAGGACAGCGAAUGCACCACAAAAUAAGCAUUCUUUUAGCCUCUUUUAUCGGCCGUUCUUAAGUUAUACUUCACAUGCGGCACACGGAGCCGAUCGGGCAGCCUCUUGUUCCGUCUCCAUGGCAGCCUUUUAAAGCCCGCGUUGCACCCAGCGUGGCCUCAGCGUGACAUUUGCAUGUUGAUGCGAAUGAUGGGAAUACGCACAUCGUGUCCAUGGGGCCUUUUGGAAAAGAAACUGUGUGGCAUUGAUUUUUAAGAUGAUAAAAACACAACUUUCUGACCAAUUUAUUGUCUUUUAAUGCUAAAAUCAUCAGUUCAGAUGUCAUGAUAGAUUGAACACCCUUAACUCUUUAUAGGGCAAGUUACUGUUUUUGGUCAUCAAAAAAAAAAAAUAACUUAAGACCUGGUGUCCAACACAGUAUCUAGACAUCACAUUUGGGGUCAUGUAUUAGUGUUAUUUUCGUCCACGAUGACGAUAUUUCGUCAAUGAACACGUUUUUCAAUCGUUCGAAUAAUCGAGUAAUUGGAUUCAGAACAUUUAAUGUGUUGAAUAAAUUUUGGGAGAUGUAAAACAAAGGCAUUCUAAGAUUGCACUUUCAAAAGAGCAUUAAAUGGGAAAACAUGUUUUUUCAAACGAGAUGCAGCACUUUCAUUUCACAAGAGCAAUAAAUGCAUUUAAAAUGAAUAUGAAAUGAAUGAAAGUAUAACAAAAGAACAAUUGGCUAACUUGCAUAGCAGAUGUCUGAUAGCUUAAAUUCCGUAAAAUACUUUUUUUUCAAAGUUCUUAAACUGUUCGAACAUAUUCCCACAAAAAACUGUAAAAUAUACUGUACUUAAUUACGAAUGCAUAAACAAUAGGGGUGUAACGGUACACAAAAAUCUCGGUUCGGUAAGUACCUUGGUUUUGAGGUCACUGUUCGGUUCAUUUUCGGUACAGUAAGAAAACAAAAUGCAAAAUAUAAAUGCUGGUUCUUUAUUACACACCUUUGUGCUUUCAACAAUAGGAACAUUAGCCUAUACAAAGCUAGAAUUCUGCUCAAACAGUAGCGGGUAAUUAAAGAUAAUCCAACAGCAGUUUGCCUUUCAGACCCCGCGUAUUGAUCAGCUUUCUUUCUGAUAGAAAGAAGAAAAAAGAAGUCAUGUGCUAAAGAGAAAAGCAAACCCAAUGACAAAGAUUUUAACAUGUAUUUUACAAAUGAAAUGCCUCAAUGAAUCAUUUUUUUCCCCUUAUGAACGGUUUUCAAAAGCUUUAUUGGUGGAUUUUCUCAAGUUAAAGCGCCACACAGAAAUUAAUAAAUUUAGAUGUGUAAGCAGAAUCUGUAAUAUUAUUUAAUUACAGGUGUUUUAGCUCAUUUCAAUUUAUUUAAAUGGGCUAGAUUUAUUUUGUUAUGUGUUUAUAUUUUACAAAUGUGAUGUAGUACUCAUUUAUAUUGUAUAUUUUAUGUUGUAUAACUUUAGUUGUUAUGUGAAUAUUAAUUCCUACUUGUUUUGUUGUGGUAGGAGGGUUUUGUAUUACACACGGGGCUGUGUUGAUUAUUAUUAUAGCAGAGAAGAAAGCAGUAAAUCAACAAAGAAAAGUCAACUGUGCCCUGAUCUGCCACUCAAGAGAUUUGAUGGACUCAAAAAGUGAGUUAUGAUUGCAUAUUAGUUUGAAAAUCGACCUGAUCCACCGUAUUUUUACACGAGUGACCUCCGGUCUGCCCAAUCCUAGCUAGCAGUAUUGACGCAGGAGGGCCACGUUUUGCGUCAAAUAAUAAACUCUGCCGUUCUUUUCGCGUGCGUCAAGUUGAGCCGCUUCUGGGACGCGUCUAACACGCAGCCGCACUGCAACUGGUGUGCAUUGGCUGAUUGACUUUAACGUCCGCGUUUCACGGCGUUCUCGCGGCGGCCACGUUGUCGCGCCGUUGACAUUUCUGGGUUAUACUGUCCUUCCGUGUUGGUCCUCACUAUAGUAGAGAAAACGGAGUAAAUAUAAUCUACACUAAGAAACAGUAACCCGAUCGACUCACAGCCUCGAAAAGUAAGGUUUACAUUACGUCAGAAACUAGUUCGGUACGCCUCCGUUCCGAACCGAGCACCACGUACUGAAACUGUUCAAUACCAAUACAUGUACCGUUACACCCUUAAUAAACAAUCAUAUUAGCUCAAACAAAAACUUCUGUUGGUCUUAACGGGGAGCAGGUGGGUCCAGCCAUGUUUCAUGAGUUAUGUCAUACUCACUGUUGCCAAUAGAGGGCAGUGUAUCCACCCAAAUGAAUAAAACAAAAUGCAAACACUUUCAAAACAAUCCAUUACAACGCCAUUCUAAACGAAUCCUCGAAGCAGCAAAAUUUGAUCCGAAGCUUUCUUCCAAUCGAAUUACUCGAAUUAUUCGAUUAAUCGUUGGAGCACUAUAGAGUAACUUAUUCAAUGAAGUUAACAUUGUGAACUUGAUUAAAUGAAUUGCUCAAGUUUUGGGGUCAUUUAACUCACUGGCUGCGAUUGAUGGCAGUAGUGCCACUCGAACAUGAGCAUUGUUAUUUGGAUUAUGAUGUAAAAGUGUGUCUAAUUUGCGUGAUAAUCUUAACCCAUGACUAGGCAGGUAAAUUUGUACAGGGUAAAAUGUACCUCAUUUCAAUGUGACGGGACCACUCCCUCAAAACAGGCUCAAAUGACGGUAGUCUCAUCUUUAUUUUAAUUUUGUUUAAAUUUAUUUUAACAAAGGAUUUCACAAAGACAUCUGAGAAUGGCUCCUUUUUUCAAUUUAUCAAAUGACGUGGCCGCUUUGGACUCUCACCAAGCAACAUUGCUAGCGUGUGAGUCACAAGGGACGAAUGCUAGGAGACCCUCCCUGCCUGUCCUCGGAAAUACGUCACCCCCAAUUAAACUGGGAACUUAAUGGCGCUGAACACAUUGCGAAGCAUUCAGCACGGCACAUUGCGCAUCUGACCCCAAACGACUGGACCGGACUAAUUUGAUAUUAGCUUUCAUAAUAAUGUGCCCACAAAGCUGCUUGUUAUUAUGACUGUAUUAUGGAAUAUUUGUGCAGAUUGAUUGUCUUGAAAAAUGUAAUUUAUUCAUUGUAUGAAUUCAAACAUUAUUCCAUUUUUUAACUUUUUCAAACAUCAGAAACUCUAUGCCACCGGUGUCAAACUGGCGGUGAGGGGGCCAGGUAAGGCCAUAGGCGGAGUUUGACUUUUGAGGAAGGGGGGCACAACAUGUUGAUGAACCCAAAAUGCAGUGUUAGCAAUAAAAUUAACUUACAAGAAAAUUUAUAAUAAUAAGUUGACAAUGAGCGUUUUUUCUUUUCCAUCAUUCUUGAGGGGAAUUCUAAAUCAGGCUGCUUAGGCAAUACUUUUCGCCAAGAUCGUCAUCCACGCCGGUGUCGUGCCAAUGUAGUUACCCCGGUCAAAAAUUGUAUCCCCUGGGCGGAGCCAUAUGGAGGUAGAUUUGUGUCUUUAUUAUCCAGUCCCAAAAAAAGUUGCUUCAAUAAAAAUAUAUAUUUUAAUUUAAAAAAUGUCGCUUCAAUCAAAAGAAAUGUGUUUGAAUGCAAAAAUAAAUUUGAAACUAAGAAAAACGCAUGUGAAAGCUAUUUUUCUUUGAUUUUUUUUUUUUUUUUUUUUGAUUGAAGCAACUUUUUUGAUUGAAGUAAUGUUGAUUUGUGUCUGGGAAACAUUUUGGCUAGGAUGUUUUUGUCUUUUUUAUUAAUUCAAAAGAUAAGUUGUUUAAAAAAAUAUACAUUUUUAAAAGGAAACAUCCAUCCAAAAAAAUUCAAUCAUGGAAAACGUUUUUGAAUGCAAAAAAAUAUUUGUGAUUGAAAAAAUUGCAUUUGAACGCUUAAUUUUGUGUGAAAAAGUUUUCUUUAAUUGAAGAAAUCCCUUUUGUGUUUGGGCCAUUUUAUGGGUAGGACAUUUGUGUCUAAAUCAUUCAAUCCCCAAAAAAGUUGCUUCAAUCAGAAAAAAAAAAGUGUUUUCAAUCCAAAAAAAAAUAUCAUUUGAAAAAUAAAAUUGCCCUCCCCUAUUUUUUUAUUGUUUUGUUUGAAAAUUAUAUGCAGGGCAAAUGACUGUCUAAGGUGCUAGUCACAUGAUCUGUUCGAAAAAUAAUUUUGACCCAUUAUAAAAAAAAAUAUUUUUUUUCCAUUUCAUUUUUGUUGCAGUUUUAUUGCUUUACAACUUUUAUUUAUAUAUGAAAGUCAAUUUCAUGCAAUGACACUUUUUGGCCACGAGGGGGCGCCAGGCCCCCCUCCCCCCCUUAAAAUCCGCUUAUGGGUACGGCCUGUCAAAUCAUUUUGUGUUUCCCGGGGAAGUAAACAAUGAUCAUUGCAGUGUUGUUUUUGGCAGUCUUAGUCUUUUGGACGAAAAUACUUAUUAGUCUUUCAUAUUUUAGUCAUUUCAAAAUGUGUUUGUCUUCGUUUAGCUUCAGUUUUUUUGUCUAGUUUUGUCGACAGUUACCCAAAAUAUUUUCAUCUGUAAAAUUCAACAUUUUAGUCCAAGAAUAAAUAAAGGUUUCCAACGAUUUCGAAUGAACAGACGAAUAGACAGACGAGCACAUACUGUAGCAUCUACAGGGAAGACAACGAUAAUACACACUAAGCAGGAAAAUCAGUACUUUACUUUCAUUUAAACUCAUCUAGAAGCCACGAACUGUUUGUAAAAAAAAAAAAAAGUUGUCCGAGGACUUAAGAGAAUGCUAACCAUGUUUAAGUCAAUGCUAAUGCUAACGCGACAAGUUACAUUUAGUGUGUGAUAGGGUGUCCAAACGUCCUCUUUUGCCCGGACAUAUCCACUUUUUACAUCCUGUCAGGGGCGUCCAGCAGGGUUUUUAUAAAUUCAUGAAAAUAUCCGGUUAUUUUUUUUCAUGGGACCAAUUAGCGUGUGUUGAAAUUGACUGACAUUUUGCACAGAAUACUACGGUACUGUGCUGCUUGUGUGACGUGUUCCCAGAGAUCCUGCCCAGUUGUUAAGACGUUUAUUAUGAUCAAUACGCAUAUAAUCAAAUGCUCAUGUACUCAAAAGAGUAAUUAAGUCGAAAAUACAUUUAUUCUACUUUGGAUACAAAUGUGAUCUGUAAAAUCCUGUUUGGUGUCGCAUCAUUGUGCUGAUGAAGAUUGUAAACUGAAGGAAUCUGACCCUCCAGCCAGACCGCCGGCAUGCGCUGGGGCAGCCCCAACAACCCAGGCCGGCGGGAUCACGAUCUGGCCAGAAGGCCAAACUCUGUGCGUUCACCUUAGUCUUAACCCUUUGUACUGACUCCAUUUUGAAAGGUUUAAAGAAGGCUCACCGAAAACAUGUUGACAACUUAUUCAGGUCGACAGCGAUCAAAACGGCAAGGUGAAACCGAAACACUGGGGUGGGGAGGCAAGGUCACCCUAUCACACGUCAACAAAAGGUUCCCAAGAAAAAUGACCCCGAUCAAUUAAACAUUCAGUCUUUUUAAGGCUCUCGCUGGGCAGGCGUAGGCAGGAAGAAGGGUGUGUUUGGCCGUUGUUUAAGAUUAUUGUCUGUUUGUGGAUUGGACAGGAGGAUUCGGGAUUUACUGUUGUCAGGGCAACGAGGGUUGUGGAUUUUGCCACCUUAGCGUCAAAGGGGCUUUUGGACUCGUUUGCAGUUGUGUUAUCAGUCGGAUAUCGGGCGUUGGUUUUCCUUGUGUUGGGACGGGGCGUCCCGCCAUUUGUUCUGGACUGUCCGAGAGAACUGAUUGCAAGUCAAUUGCAUGACACACACAUUGGGCUUCCUUGAAAAGAAGGCGUUGUAUGUGUGUAUCUUUUAUGCCCUGUAUUCUGCUUGUUUUCCCUAAACUAUGAUAUAAAUGCUAUUUAUUUUAUAUUGGGUGUGUUAGAGUAAUGCAAGCAGUCAAUCGGUAAAUACGAGAAAAGAUACUAUUCCCUGAUUGAUUAUAUUAAGUGUGUUAGAAUAAUGCAAACAGACGGUGCCUACGAGAAAAUGUACUAUCUCCUUCAAAACUUUCAUAAAGCAAUGUUUGGUUUUUGCCUCGGCUACAAGUGCUCGCUAAUAGUGUACCUUUCCGUAAGCUAAGCCACACUAGGCAUUAUGGGAAUUGGAUUUUUGAGCUGCUGGGUUUGGAAACAUGCUGGUUGAAUUGUUUGUCAAUUUAUUUCGGUUAUUUUUAUCUGGAACAUUGAAUGAAGAUAAUAAUUGAGUGGGAAUAACUAUUUGUCAACGACAAUUGUAUUGAUAAUUUAUAAAAAUGUUUAAUUGGCAUAUAGCCUACUGUGUGUGCGUGUGUUUGUAUUGCCUGGACUACACUUCCAUGGGUCUGCAUUAAUAGUGUUUUCUUCAUUAUUUUUGCUCUUUUAUGUUAAAAAAAAAAAAAAAACAGAAUAAAGGUGGAAAUAUUUCAAUAUUAUCAUAUAUAUAUAUGGCGGAAAACACAGACAAGGCUGAAAAGGCAGUUUCUGCUCUUGCACCCCUCUUUAAGGUAAACUGUAUUUUAAGCCAAAAGAACGGUUGUGUUUGAUAGAACAAUGUGUCUAUAUGCUGCCAUAGCAGAUUCAUGGCGUAAUAAGCCCCCGAACUAUUUUUAAUUUGUCCGUUUUACCCUGGAAACCCCCAUUUACAGACGUCGCGUAACUGCUUUUGUUUCAACCCAGCCAUAAAAAGAAGGUAAGUAAUCGUAAUUAUUAUUUGAAAUGAAUGUCAUUUUUAGUUUAGAAUCAUUAAUUGAUGUCAAAUAUUUAGCUUAAAAAAAUAAAUACAUAAAAAAACGACUUUAAAAAUUAUUCACUCGCAUAUUUUAAACUUUUUAACAAAUUACAUCACAAUGAAAAAAUUGGCGUCUGUAAAAAAGUCAUGGAUAUCUACCUCAUAACUAUCGCUUGAUUUUAUUUUUUUCGUUACUGCUGCAUUUUCCCCAAUAUUUUAGAUGAUAAUCGAUCCAAACAAAGAAAAAUGGGGAAUAAAAAAACGUU